AGAGCUCCAAUUCUUUAGAGUGAGAGAGACUCAGACUCAGAGAAAUGGCAGCAGCACUUCAUUGCCUAUCAUCUUCAUGCUUAGCCCUUCCUUCCAAAUUCGGCAACCUUUCCCUCAAUGGCCCUUCUACUUCCUCAGCUUCUUCCACUCACUUUCCUUCUCUCAGUUUCUCUGCUAACCUUUCUCACGACUUCUUCUCCAAAGGGUUUUUGAAUUUGGGCCCAGUUCAGAGGUCAGUUCGUCGCUCUGUGGUUUGUGAGGCUGCUCCAACCAAGAAGCCUGACUCUGCUGAGAAGAGAGCUCGCCAGGCUGAGAAGAGGCGCAUUUACAACAAGUCUAGAAAGUCUGAAAUCAAAACCAGGAUGAAGAAGGUUUUGGAAGCUUUAGACGUGCUCAAGAAGAAACCAGACGCUCAGGCUGAAGAAGUUCUUUCAAUUGAGAAGCUUAUUGGCGAAGCAUACUCCAUCAUUGACAAAGCAGUGAAGGUUGGGACUUUGCAUAGGAAUACUGGAGCACGAAGAAAGUCUCGAUUGGCCAGAAGAAAGAAGGCAGUAGAGAUCCAAAAAGGCUGGUACACCCCAGCUGAUUCUGAGGUUACUGCCUGAGGAAACAAAACCCAUUCAUUGGGUCAUAUUGUUUUGUAUCUGUUUCCUGUUAAAUUUCAUUUGUAAUGUAUGCUAUCUUUCCUUUCAAUCUAUGUAUCUCUCAUAUGUGGUGCAAGUAUAGUCUUCGCUCUUUUGGUGUUUGAAAUGUUGAUGAGCCAAAUAGUGUAUCGAUUUUUGCAGAAAGCACAUUUUGAAUAGAAGGGAGAUUACAG